CGCGAGCUGUAUGAUAGGUUUGACUAGAGGAAGAACUAUCUUUCAAGCUAAGCCAGGGGGGUAAGCACAUCAUGCAAGACGAGAGCCUCGUACCUAUCGCCUAACCUCCCCCUCUUUUUACUUUCUUACUAUCGCCUCUCCCACUCUGUUCUGACCGUGCUCUCAUGCUCUUUUCUCUUUUCUUUUAAUCUGCCGUAGAGAUUAUUUUCCUAUCCGUAAAACCUGUUUCAGAUGCACACACGAUUUCCCCUCCUAUUUCCACUUUAAUCCUGCCAAAAUGCCCACAUCCCUCCAACCACCAGACCACCCGCUCGCCCUACGGCGCACUCACCUCCUCGCCCCCGCCCCUGAUCGCCUCACCAACACACCAACAACCCUCACAAUAACUCGCAACAACACCCUCUCCGGCCGCGCCUUCAGCGUACACCACCUCCGCACCCACGAACCCUACGACAGCCCCACCCGCCGCUCCCUGCUAUACACCGUAACCGGGAAAUUCUGGAGCGGCACCCAGGCACGCGAGAUCCGCGAUGCCGCCGGAAGACCCCUGCUCGAGCUGCGGCGCAUGUGGUGGCAGCGCGCAUGGAGCGUGAAACGCGCCGGCGGCGGCGGCGACGAACUCAUGGGCGCAGAGAUGCGGUGGGGCGCGGGGGUGAAAAUGAAAAUGGCAGUGCGAGUACGCAACGCGCUACUCGUCGGCGCGGGGCGAAACAGCGAUAACGAAAACGAGGACGACUUCCAGAGCGAGUAUUACCCCUACGCUAUGCACAGCCGUGCGGGCAUGGGCCGUGGUGGUCGACGCCAGCAACGCCAGCAUCAACAGUACGGGCGAUACACUUCACCCCCGCCCCCGUACAGCGCCAUCGCCAGUUCCAGCACUGCCUCUGGGAACCCUGCACCAGGGGCAGGACCGGGUUCCGUCCCUGCUAUCCGCCGUCGCCGCUCGACGGACACUGUCAGUUCGAAAUCCACGCACCUCCCCUCGUAUGCGUCCGCGCACCGCCGCUCGACGCAUUCCCUCCGUGAACUCCUCGACGCGGUCGAGCCACCGGCCGAACCGGCCCCGGCGUCGAGUUAUGCGUAUGCGUUCCCGCCCGCGCGCAGGUACUCGGAGGCUGCGGUGGAGGAGAGGGCGGAAUUGAGGGUUGUGCAGAUGAGUAAUACCGUCGCGGCGGUGAUGAUGGGGGAGAAGAAGAUCGUUUCGAUUCGGAGGGAAAAGGUGAUGAUGGAUUUCCAGUUGAGUGGGCCGAUGGAUCGGUGGGAGGUUGGUGUUGCCGAGGGGGUGGAUUUAUUGCUUGCGGUUAGUAUCGUGUUGAUCAUGGCGGAGUUUGUGAGACACGAGUAUCGGGUGCGAAUCAAUUGAUGAGGAUCAUCAACCUUGAUCUAUGAUUGUUAUGAGCUGGUGGAGGUUGGAAUUUGGAUCUGGAGGGGAAGAGGGGAAUAUCUCGAAACUUUUAUCCAUGAAUGGCGUUUUAUUGCAUUAUUUACCUUUCUAUCUUGAGCCUGCAUCGCAUUUACGUGCGUCUGGGUCAUUUAUGCAUCUUUCUAUAUUAGUUCCACUGGUUUAUCACAGUGACUCUAUCGACAACAUUUCGAUCUGCACAUUGGCUUCUUGGGUGCCGAUUAAUUGACUUUGUACCCUGAUCAGUGGUAUGGACCAGCCACAGCUGGAUUUCCGUCCUGCUUGGAUAAACAAGAUCUUGAAAACCCUUUUCCAGAUUGAUAAGGU